AUGAAAAAGGCCAUGGGGCGUAAAUGCAGUACCGAUAUAGCCGAUUUUGCGGAUCUAUUGGAUGCACGCAACGCUUCUGCCGAUUUCAGGAGGACAAGGAUAUUCAAGUAUCACGACGCAGUGGCGGACAUGAUGCCGGACUAUGGCACAAGCUACAUCAAGCGAUACAUCAUAGACCUAUAUUGCAAGGUGGCCUGCAAGUCGCUCGAUUGCAUCUACAAUAGCGCAUUGUACUAUGUGGAGCCGCAUUUCAGGUAUUCCAACGGCCAGAAGAUAGGCACAGGCAGCGGACUGCUUGGCAAGAUUACAAAGACAGAUUGGCUGGUGGAUUCCGCCUUCUACAAUUACAUCCAAUACUCACUGUACAACCAGAGGUACACCAUCAAGGAUCAGAAGGAGAUCCACAUUAUGACCAAUAACCUGAGCUUUUACCGGGAAUGGGUGCAUACAAUCAACGCACUGAAACAAGGCGACACCACAGUGCAGAGCACGCUGAAAAGCUACCGAAUAUAUGAUAUACAAGCAGAUUACGCCGUAUCAACGGAAGCUCAGGAGGUGACAGCCCCAGAAGACAAGAUUAAAUCUAAAAUAAAUCUUUUGGAUGAUAAGUCCACAAAGUUGUCUGUGCUAGACAAGUCUGCCGUAAAGAAUAUCUUGCCUAAGCUAUCUGAAAUUGAAAAACUUAUGAAGAUGGACAGGCUCGCUGUAAAUCUGGGUGAAAACACGAUGAUAGCCUUAGGCAAUCUAAAAAAAGCUCUCAGGAUUAUCAAUUCACCCAAAAUCACAGCAUACAAGACUGUGGCAUACGAUAUUAAUAGCGUGAUACUGGAGGCAGGCAACGAAAUGGUAUUUAUAAUGGGCUUAUCUGGUGCCAGCAUCAGCUAUAAUCUUGCCAGCGGCAGAAACAUCAAGAAGGCCCACGCAGAAAACCAACUCCUUUGUGAUUUCUAUUAUCAGCUGACAGGCACCAAGAUAGAGGAUAAGACUUUCGAUCCAGACGAGUUCAGAAAUCUCAAUGUAAUGGAUCUCUCGCAGUUUGUAGUUGACGAUGAUUUGCGCCCGGUGAUGAGCUGUAUAGGCUAUCAAUCCGGCUAUGCUAUCGCCUCCGAUGUCCAUAUACUUGUGGCAGUAAAGGAUCAGUAUAUCCCGGAGCGUGAUGGAGAGACAUACAAUAUUUCCGGCUACAAUAUCAAUGAGGGGGGGCGCAACAGAGGCCAUUUCCCUUCUGUUGUGAAUCUGAUGAAAGAGUCUUUCGUUCCUAUGGCUGAGGUGGAUUUCGACAUCAAGCGAAUCCAGAAGGCGAUGGAUAUGGUAAAAGGAAUGUUGUACUCAAUGCAGAAUGUUGGAGUGCAACAUACUAUAAUCAAGCCCUUGUAUUUGAAGAAAGUAUUUUAUUUCCUCAAAUAUUGCACUAACCCCAAGGUAUAUGUCAACCCCAAAGGAUGGCUCUAUAUUACCGACAAGGAGGGCGUUCAUAACCUUAUCCUCACAAAUAUAGAAUGGAAAUCAACUACUCCCUAUGCAGACAGCCGGGAUCUCAAAUUCAAGGUGGCAACUGAUAAUUGGGAUGAGAUAAUUAGCGAAAACUCCGACUUCGACGAUAGGGCCAAGGCCGAGGAGUCUGUGGAGGUUAUCAAGAAAAACUAUGUGAAUAUCAGCCAUAUCUAUGAGAAACUGAUUGCAUUGCAAGCCAAGCUGGCCAUGGUAAAACGAGCAAACAGCGCAUUAAAAGAAAAACUUAUUUCGGAAAACAAAUAUUUCCAAGCCACUACCAUAGGCCGCACCACCAUCUACGGCCUCGGCGCAGUGGGCAGAAACUUGGUAUCUCCCUGCCCGACAAGAUAA